AUGGCUUCAUCACCGUCAAAUAUGUAUUCGCGCGAGCAGUUCAUGAACCCGGGGCCGGCACCUCGACCUCCCACGGACCGGCCCCAGCUGAGCUCAGUGUCGACGAUGUCUUCUUCUGUAUCUUCUGCAGCUACGACCUUUGAUCGGAUGAACAUCAAUUCUCCCUCGACCCCGUCUCUCUCCAUAUUCCCGAACUCGUCUUCGCUCUCGCUCAGCCAAAAGACCACCGGCCAGGGAGGCGUGGCUGUGAUCAAGGAGGGAUAUGUUAGGUGCAAGGAGGACAAGUUCCUCGCCAGCUGGAACCAGCGGUAUCUGGUCUUACGCGAGUUUCGCCUCGAUUUCCUCAAGAAUGAGACCGGCAAGAGCGUGCUCUCGAUCCAGCUCAACAACGUCAUGAACGUGACACGAUCAGAGGACACCAAGAUGGCGUUCGAGAUCACCAGGGUUGCCAACCCAAAGGAUGCAAACGCCCGUAGCCCGUUGGGCGGACGGGAUGUCGCUACCAAGACCAUUACAUGCGAGGUAAAGAGUGACGAUGAGAUUUACGACUGGAUCGAUAAGAUAUACGAGCGGUGUCCGGGCAUGGGGGGAGUGAGUAACCCUACCAACUUCAGCCAUCAGAUCCACGUCGGAUUCGACCCCCAGACAGGAGCCUUCGUUGGCCUUCCGCCGGAGUGGGAGAAGCUUCUGACGGCAUCGGCCAUCACAAAGGAAGACUACAAGAAGAACCCCCAGGCCGUCAUCGAGGUCCUGGAGUUCUACUCCGACAUCAAGAUGCGUGAGCAGAACCCUCAGUACUUCCCUGGAAUGAGCAAUCCUUCUCCAUCGCCACAUAACAUGCAGCCUCUGCGCAGCCAUGGCGUAGCUCCCCCCAGACCACCUCCGCCACAGGGACUACAGCGCCUUGAUACCAGCCAGUCCACACGCUCACACGACGACAGGUCCCCAGGUGGGUCUCCUGCACAGUCGUCACAGCGUAAGGCCUCGGACGCUGCCGACCGCUCCCACGACCAGCAAUACACCCCAGACCGCUCCAAGGAAAUGCCACAUCCAGACCAGAGACGAAAAAUGGAGGAAGAAGCUCGUCGUAUCCGUGAAGCGCAGAGGCAGCGUGAAGAAGAGCAGAACCGGCGAGAACAGGAAGCUUACAAUGCAUCUCUGCCCAAGACUCGAGUACCAAUUGCACAGCAGGAGCUUGGCGGAUAUGGCGGUCCACGGGAGUCGCCCAGCACAUCCGGUAGCAGAUAUAACCCCUCUCGACCUGCUCCACAGGCUCCCUCAAGCGACCGAUCCCGACAGCCACACCAAGACCCGAGACAGAUAACCGCCCAGCGCCCUGCUCCUUCUCCACCAAGUAAUGGAGCCCCCUCAUCACAUUCCAGAGAUGAUUAUGGAAGCAGUCAGCGCAGUGCUCAUCGCCCAGAACAGGGCCGUCAGCAGCCAUCUGCCUCACGCUACGCAGGGAACGACAACCGCAGUCCAGCUCGCAGCCAGCCACGCCAGCCAAACGGCUCCUCUAACCAGCCACCCAGCCGUCUCCCAGCUCCGGUCCAGGCUGUCAAACCGCUCAAUGUCGCCAACAAGCAUGGCCCUACCAACAAAGCCAAUGGAGUCUCAGAUGGCGUCCGUCAAGCUGAGGUCGCUUUGACCAAGAAGCCAGACCCAUCCCGCCAAAAGGAUGUCCGGAUGUCGACAAUGUCGGAGAGUGAGGUUAUGGAAAGACUCCGACAGGUGGUUUCAAAAGAGAAUCCAAACGAGUCAUACAGCAAGCAACGAAAGAUUGGACAGGGUGCGUCUGGAUCCGUGUACGUUGCUCGCGUCAAGGAGAACGCAAGUUCGCCUGUCGCUCGUGAGCUGUACCGCACACACGGCCCUCGUGGACAGGUUGCUAUCAAACAAAUGGAUCUGAGAAGCCAGCCUCGCAAGGAACUUAUCGUCAACGAGAUCAUUGUUAUGAAAGACAGCCAGCAUCCGAACAUUGUCAACUUCCUAGACUCGUUUUUGCAAGAGUCGAGCAAUGAGCUCUGGGUGGUUAUGGAGUUCAUGGAAGGAGGAGCUUUGACCGACGUUAUUGAACAGAACCCCGUGAUCCAAGAGGACCAGAUCUCAACCAUCUGUUACGAGACAUGCAAAGGCCUAGCCCAUCUACACGGCCAAAACAUUAUCCACCGUGACAUCAAGAGUGACAACGUCCUCUUAGAUAGGGUCGGAAACGUGAAAAUUACGGACUUUGGUUUCUGUGCCAAACUUACCGAGUCCAAGAGCAAGCGUGCAACCAUGGUCGGAACUCCAUACUGGAUGGCCCCAGAGGUCGUCAAGCAGAAAGAAUACGGUCCCAGAGUAGACGUAUGGUCUCUCGGAAUCAUGGCAAUCGAGUUAAUCGAGUCCGAACCACCAUACCUGAACGAGGAACCACUCAAGGCAUUAUAUCUCAUCGCCACAAACGGCACUCCAUGUCUCAAGAAGCCAGAGAAACUGAGCAAGGAACUCAAGUCCUUCCUCACCAGCCUUGCCGAACUACUACGAUUCAAGAAGAACUCCUCUAACUAG